AUGCCAGAGGAGCAAAAGGUUCUUAAACUACACGAUGUUUGGCGUACUUGUAAUAAAAUACGAGCUGCUGUAUUUCGCGUCGGACUCGAUCUAUGGGAAUAUUACAAACCUCUGGAUCCCGACAAGCGCUGUCUGAUAUCAGAGUCCAAAUUUAUUUCCGUUUUGGCCGGACCUUUGAAAGGCGUAAUUGGUUUAUCGGAUAAAGAAAUCUGCGACUUGGCGGAUUAUUUUCGGAUUCAGGAUGGCCGGAUUCUUUACUCGCCAUUUUGCGAGAUUAUUCACGAUGACAUUCCUAAUUUUGGAAAGAAUAAGCCUCUUGUGACUGGUUUAGAAUGGGAAGACCCGUUAUACGUAAAUGUCUUAAACGAUACAGAAACACGAAAACUGAAUUUGAUAAUUACUCAGAUCGCUGUGCUGGUGAACAAGAGAAAAAUUGUACUUCGGCCGUAUUUUCAAGAUUACGAACUGAUCGCGAAGAAUGUCGGAACGAUCACUCUCGCACAUUUCGGUCGGGUUUUAAAAUUUUUAGGCAUUGUUCUAGGCGCGGAAGAGUUUCGUCUGCUCGUAAAAAGAUUCGCUAAAAAUGCCUACACAGUGAAUUACGUGGCAUUUCUGAAUGCAAUUGAUGAGGUUCAGUGCUAUUUAGAUGAACAUGGAAUGACGAAUUUCAGUGGGGAACUGCUCGAUCAAUUUCCCGGUCGAAUAAUUACGGUCGAGUUGCCUAAACUGCCACGACCGGAAAUCGGCAAAGUCAUGCCCAGUCAAAUAUUUGGCAAACAAACGGUGUUUCAUCCGGUAAUGGAACCGAUGAAAGAGACAAUGCCUACGCUAGAAACAAUUAAGCGCAUUCAGAGACACGUUUUCGAGCAUCGAAUACGCAUCCGCGAAUUUUUCAAGGACUUUGAAUAUUUAAAUGAUGGUAGAAUGACUGUCUCGCAAUUUCGAAGAGCGUUGGAUGCGCUUCAAAUAUCGUCCUUGGGUCGUUUGUGGCUGGUCGAACCGGAAGUCGACGCCCUAAUCGCGCUUUACAAAGACCCGGAUGAUCCCGAUCGCGUAUACUGGCGUAUAUUUGAGGAUGAUAUAGAUCAUGUCUUCACCGUGAAAGGACUCGACAAAUUGCCGAAUCUUAGGGUGGAAUCACCGCCCCAAGAAAUAGCUGAUCUAUCUCGAAGAGGUGCAUCGAAUUGGCAAUGCGAGCCGAAGAGUAUAAGAGAUCUCUGCGAAGAUGUUUUGCGGAGAGUAAGACAGCGAGUUGAAGAGAGGAGGAUUCUCUUGAAGCAAUUCUUCAAAGAUUACGACAGACAUAAUCGUGGUCAUGUAACGCGAAUGCAAUUAAGACAAGUGCUCAUUACGGCGACUAUUCUCUUAUCUCCGGAGGAAGUAUUUGCACUCGAGCGAAGGUACAAUAAUGAUUUGGGAUUCAAUUACACUCAAUUCCUACAGGAAUUGGAACCCGAACCGAUCGUAGAACCUUUAUAUCUUAAGAUGUUAGAGGAUAAAAAAAAGAUUAACGCAGAAAAGCCACCGCCUGAAUCUCGCGAGGAUGAAUCUAAUAUCGUAUUGAUUUUAGCUAAAAUUAAAGCUAAAAUCGUGCGCGAAAGAAUCAAAGUAUUAGAAUUUAUGCGCCAAUUCGAUAGACACAAUCAUUUUGUCAUUGAAAGGGCAGAUUUUAUCAGAGGUUUGGAUCAACUUCGCUGUGGUCUAACACUUACGGAAGUAGAUACCAUAACAAAGGUUUUUCAGGCGUCUGCAAAACCUGAUUUCGUCGAAUAUGUGAAAUUUGCGAAAGUCGUGGAGGAAGCCGUUGCGACAGGAGGUUUGGAAAAAGUUCCAUUUUUAGUUCCUUUGCAACACGUGCCCUUCGAGGCGAGCGAUAAGAAUUUUUUAAAUUUCGACGAGCGACAGACAGUAGCAAUUGCGAUGGAUAAAUUAUGUAAAGUACCAAGUCCGAAUCUUGAUGAGCUUUUCAAAGAUUACGAUAAGGAGAAUAUUGGCACGGUGUCCAAAGAGCGCUUAAUUAAAGCAUUGUCGGUUAGACAAAUGCUGCAGCUAAUUACUAACAAAGAGUUAGAUGCAGUACAUAAAUGCUUCUCCAUCGAGAGAGGUGGUCGCCUGGAAAUUGACUAUCGAGCCUUCUUGCGCGCUUUACAUCUGUUACGAGAAAAUAAAAAAACUGUACCCUUUUAAAAAAACGCGAUUGAUCCUACGGUACUGAUUACGAGACUAUUUCCCUUUUAUUAUUUUGUGCUAUAGUGCAGCGAAAUUAUCGUAAAUUCCAAUUUACAACAAUUUACAAGUAACAAAUGAUGUUAUAAGCCUUGCCUAUUUUCACAUAACAAUGUAUAAUAUUUUUUGAAUUUUUAAUUCAAGUACUGAAUUUUUAAUAUCAGUAUGAAUUUUGUAGAGAAAAUGUGCAAUUUCCAAGAAUCUAAUGCAUAUUUAUAUUUGUCUUUUAAUA